AUGUAAUAGAUACAAAAAGGAUUUGAAAAAUAUGGACUUAAGAACUCAGAGAGAGGAGUAUUUGUAGUCAUAUUAAAUGCUCCCAAGGGCAAGAAAGUAGAACUCCUCAACUAAAUUAGAGAGAUUUGUCCAGAACAGUUUGAAGAUAUCUCUAGACAUGUUGAAUUUUAAGAUAUGGACGCUAUCAUUCAGCAAUUUGAGAUAAAGGAAAUUGAAAAGUCUUUUGAAAACGAGAGUGAUAAUCUCAACCCUGAGAAAGAAUAGCUAGAAAAUGCAGAGAAAAUAUAUGAAUACAGUUCAGGUGUAUUGGUUAUAGGUGCUCCAGGUACGGGAAAGACUACUUUCUGUAAUGCUCUAUAGCAGCUGUUUACUUAGCUAGAGAGAAAGCAUGAGAUAAUAAAUCUCGACCCUGCAAAUGACAAUAUGGAUUAUCAAUGUGGGAUUGAUAUUCAUGAGUUAAUAACUUAAGAAGAUGUGAUGGAAUAAUUUUAACUGGGCCCAAAUGGAAGCAUGAUCUACUGUAUGGAGUUUCUUGAGACGAAUAUUGACUGGUUAAUCUAAAAGAUUUAGGAGUCUAAGAAGAGGUACUUUAUUUUUGACUUGCCAGGAUAGGUUGAAAUAUACUCUAAUCAUCAGUCCUUAAAGAAUAUAAUCUAAAUCUUAUCAAAGAGAUUGAAUUUGCACAUAUCAGCUAUUCAUCUGGUAGAUUGUACUUAUCUCUAUGAUAAAAAUAGAUUCUUAGCCUCCAUGAUGCUGUCCUUGACUGCAAUAAUAGGGAUGGAGAUGCCUUUCAUUAAUGCUAUCACUAAGGUAGACUUGAUGAAGAACUUUGGUCGACCAGAUAUGAAUCUUUCAUUUUACAGUGCAAUUUCUGGUUUAGAAUACAUGUUUUUUGACAGUAAAUUUCAAAAAGAAGGAGGCUUUAAUUAGAAGUAUGGCAAGCUAUCCCUGCAGAUUUGUGAGGUGAUUGAAAAAUUUAAUUAAGUCGGCUUCUCCCUGAUUGACAUCACUAAUAAAAUGACACUUUGCUACAUCUUAAAACUUUUAGAUGAAGGUAAUGGCUAUUUUUAUGAUCCAGAUAAGGUAACCAAUCCUAAAGAAAUGGAGAUAGACUAUGAAGCAGUCACUAACUACAUUUAACAUGAAAAAUACUUUGAUCCGAGCUAGAAAACUAAUGAUGAUGAAAAGAUGUAAGAUGAAGAUGACGAUGGCUAUUGA